AUGCCCACGCCCACGCGCACCACCGUGGCGGUGGCCAUCGCCUUUCUUCUCUUUGCCGCCUACGGCGCCUGCGUCAAGGCCCUCGAUGCCUCCAUGUACAGCGCGCUCCUCGCGAUGCCGCACGCCAGCACCGUGGGCACCGUCGCGAUCGUCGUCGCGGUGCUUGGCCUCGUGCACCUUGUCUGGACGCGGUGCGCGCCGUCGCCCACGCUCUGCCUCGUGCUGCUUGUCGCUGAGGUCGUUUGCGCCAGCGUGCUCUUGGCGUAUGCAGUCGCGGCGCUGUCGACAACGACGCAUGCGAUCGACGACUCGCCCAAGCUCACGACGUACCAGCACCGCAUGGAAGAGUUUCUUGCCUCGGACGCGGCGCGCCAGUACAAAUACAGCAGCAGUCUCACCUAUACGUGGGGGGUAGACGCCCCGUCCCGGCCGACGCUCUCCUACGUGGGCUACGAGUACCCACGUACGGUCGCACGCAUGUUCAAUGACGUGUACUGCAUGAGCGAAGGCCGCCACUUUUGCAGCGCGUUUCCGCUCGUCCAAACGAUCGUGUUUCCAGGUCUCUGGGCCGACCCAAACGUGACGGCUGCGAUUGCGCGCAAUUUAUCGACGCUGCCGACCACGUUCGCCAACGUCACCGUGACAGCCACCACGACCAUCGAGAGCUUUUGCGCGCGCGUUAACAUAUCGUAUACCAUCCCGCGCGACCAAACGGAGCCGUUCAUGCGCGAUCUCGGUCGACUCUGCAGCAGCUGCAAGACGCUCGGAACGCUCGCGACCGUCAGCACGGACCACGACACGCUCAAGCAGUGGAUCCAUACGUCGUGCCCAAUGACGUCGCCCAAACCGUCGGGCGUCUACUGCGUCACCGCGGCCGAUUGCAUUCAAACCAACGUGCUGCGCCCAGAACGCAGCGAUGACUCAGAGUGGUGCUACGUCACCGAGUCGUACCUGAACCCAUCGUACGACGCGUGCUUUGGCCACACGCUCAUGUCGGCAGCACGGACGUACGCAGUAGCGAUCGUGAUCGCCUCGGGCGUCCUCUUGUGUCUAUCGGUGCUGCUUCUUGCGCGCGUCUAUGUCGUGCGUCAAGUGCAACGAUACCAAGAUGCGCUGCGCGAGGCUGCGGUGCAGACACCGACGAUGACUAACGUGUAA